CCUUGGAGAGCUCCAGUAGCAGACUGGGAUCUAGCCAAGACUACAGAAAGUAAUCACGCUUACAGCAUGUAUCACCUCAGGGUGCCUGUGCUUCUUCUCAUGCUGCUUGUGCUGCUGCACUGCAUCACCGCUGCCCCAAGCUAUAGGUACUUCAGUCCCAGCUCAUCCAGCGAGCAAGAAAGCGAUCUCCCAGAUAGCGAAGCCUGGUUGCUUCCCGGGCUAAUCUCCAACCCAUUUCUCAGCCUCGUGGGUACACGGCCACGAAGGGGGCUCACAGCUAUGAACAGUCACCAUAUAGAGAAGAGAAAGUGCAACACAGCCACCUGCGUCACCCAGAGGCUAGCAGACUUCCUGGUCCGUUCCAGUAACACUAUUGGUACUGUGUACGCACCAACCAAUGUGGGAUCUGCCACCUACGGCAAGAGAGACCUACUGGAGCCUUCAGGCUACGUGAAUCUCUAGUGCCAACUGAGGAAACUCCACAGCAUUUGCAGCAAUCCUCACAGCUCUGAUGAUAUAACCAAUCAUGUAACAAUGAUUGUGAGAAUGACAUAUAUAUAAUGAUGGCAAU